AUGGCCUCCAAAGCAUUCAACGUGGGGGUUAUCGGCUACGGCAUGAGUGCCAAAGUCUUCCAUAUUCCCUUCAUCAGCGCCCUCCCAGAGUUCAAUUUACAUGCAAUUGUGCAAAGAACACCAUCAGCUUCAGACGAUGCUCAAAAGGAUCACCCGAAAAGCAAAGUCUAUCGAAGUGCUGAGGAAUUGGUCAACGAUAGCGCCGUCGAUGUGGUGGUGAUCACAACCACGCCGGAUAGCCAUUACGCUUUGGCAAAGCUUGCUCUGGAAGCGAAGAAACAUGUCAUUGUUGAGAAACCCUUUACUCCAACUAGGAAAGAAGCAGAUGAGUUGAUAGAGCUGGCAAGGACACAGGAUAAGCUGCUCACAGUGUAUCAGAACCGAAGAUGGGAUGCAGACUUCGUGACGGCUUCAAAGCUCAUCAAGGACGGAUCCCUAGGCCGCGUGGUAGAGUUCGAGACUCAUUUCGAUCGCCAUCGUCCAGAAUUGAAUAUCAAGAAAGCAUGGAAGGGCAAGGACAUCCCUGGUGGUGGCUCCAUCUACGACCUGGGAACCCAUCUCAUAGACCAGGCAGUUCACCUGUUCGGUCUACCAAACGAGAUCACCGGCUUCAUCACCGCUCAGCGUGAGAUUACUACGGAGAACUACGAGGAUUCGUUUACCGUUCUCUUGCAUUAUGACAGACUGCUGGUAACAGCGAAGAGUGGGGUUAUCAGCCCUGAAGAGAAUCAGCUCCGGUUCUGGAUCAGGGGCGAAAAGGGGAGCUUUAAGAAGUAUCACCUUGACCCUCAAGAAGACCAAUUACAAGCCGGUGUAAAACUAGAUGAUGCUCAGUAUGGAUGCGAACCCAGUGAUAGGCACGGUAUCCUUACAACAUCUGUUGGUGGAAAGUUCACAUCGCAGACUGUUCAGCCGGAGCCUCCAACUUACAAAGAGUUCUACCGUUUAUUCGCAAAGUCUCUGUCUGGCCAAGGGCAGGUCCCCGUAAACCCAGCUGAUUCGAGUAUUGUCAUCAGUUUGAUUGAACUUGCAAAGGAGAGCUCCAAAAAGAGAGCUACCCUUCCUGUUCCGAAGUCCUAG